CACCUUUUAAUGAUAUAAAUUGGCACGAAAUUGUAAAACCCUUCAAAUUAUUAAAUUCGGUCCACCUUUGUUAUACCAUGAUAUUACCCAACCAAUUAUUUAAAUGAUAUAGCAAAAUAAAUUAAAAUUCUUCUAUUAGCAAAUUUUGCUAAACUAAACAUAUGAUAUUUAUGUCACACGAGUUCACUAUGCGUAUGCUCCAUUAUCCAUUGGGUAAACACCAUAUAAUCCCUCCAAACAUUAUUUUUUUGUUUUAAAUGUUGUCUCAAACGAUUGCGCAUAAUAUAUCUGCCGGUAAAAUUAAGUAAACCCAAGGUGUUUUAAUAAAAACAUUUUAUUAAAAUAACCGCGGUCGUGUGGUAAAGUAAGUGAUCACUGCGGGGUUUUUGGUGCCUUAAGGGAUAUAAUGGACGAUUUCGGUAGUAGGGAGGAAUUGGGACAGAUCAGGAUCGAGAGGCCUUUUUAUGAACAUAAACAGUUGAGGGAGGAUUUUUGUUAUGAGAAACCGAAGAAACCAAAUGCUGCCAAAAAAUGGACCGAAGACUUUCGUUUAAAAAAGGUUAUUGUCAGCACAGUACCGGUGCUGGACUGGCUUUUAAAGUAUAAUUGGAAAACUGAUUUUCUUAAAGAUAUAAUUGCUGGACUUACCAUCGCUAUUAUGCAUAUACCACAAGGAAUGGCUUAUGCCAUGCUAGGAAACGUCCCAGCAGUUGUAGGAAUAUACAUGGCCUUUUUCCCAGUACUAAUUUAUUUUAUCUUUGGUACCUCCAAGCAUAACUCAAUGGGUACAUUUUCUGUGGCUUGCCUAAUGACGGGCAAAGCUGUUAUACAAUUCAGUGAUCCAGCUUACUUUACUUCCACAGGAUCAACUGUGAAUGUCGAUAAUUCUACUACGGUAGAACCAACUGGAUAUAGUCCGAUAGAAGUUGCUACAGCUGUCACUUUUAUUGUAGCAUUGUUUCAGUUAGGAAUGUAUUUCCUUCGAUUGGGAGCUGCAAGCGCUUUACUCUCUGAGACGUUGGUGAGUGGAUUCACCACAGGAGCUGCAGUUCAUGUUUUGGUCUCACAGGUGAAAGAUUUAUUGGGGCUUAAUCUACCUAAGUUUAAAGGAUACUUCGCAAAUGUUUAUAUAAUAACAGCAGUGAUAGAAAACAUAAGAGACGUAAACACCACGGCAAUUAUAAUAUCAAUUGUAACGAUCACGAUAUCUGCUAUCAACAAUGAUCACUUUAAGCCUCUGGUAGCAAAAGUGUCUCCAUUUCCUUUUCCAAUGGAGCUGGUAGCAGUAGUGGUGGGCACCUUGGUAUCAAAGUACUGCUACUUGCACACUAAUUAUGGUAUAACUAUUGUUGGGGAUAUUCCUGUGGGGUUACCUACACCUACAGCUCCCCCAUUCGAGCUGCUUCCCAGCUUAGUAGUGGAUGGAAUCACUACUGCCAUUGUCUCUUACACGAUCAACUUGUCGAUGGCGUUAAUUUUCGCUCAGAAGCUGGAUUAUGAAGUUGAUGCCAACCAAGAACUGUUAGCAAUGGGCCUGAGCAACGUUUUUGGAUCGUUCUUCUCAUGUAUGCCAGUGUGUGCCUCCUUAUCCAGAUCACUGAUCCAGCAAGUUGUCGGCGGUGUUACCCAGAUAGCUUCAAUAGUGUCUUGCCUUAUUUUACUUGUAGUUUUGUUAUGGAUUGGGCCAUUUUUUGAACCAUUACCUAAAGCUGUUCUGGCAAGUAUCAUAGUCGUCGCCCUAAAAGGAAUGUUUUUGCAAGUGCUCGAUUUUUGGAAAUUCUGGAAGCUUAGCAAGAUUGACGCUUUGGUGUGGAUAGGCACUUUUAUCACAGUCGUUUUCAUUGGGAUCGAUAUUGGAUUACUGUGUGGGGUGGCUUUGUCCUUGGCCACUAUUUUUGUACUCAGCUUUAGACCUCACACGUGUUUGCUAGGACAAGUUCCUAGUACUGAUUUGUAUUUGGAUAUUGCGAGAUAUAAAGCGGCCAAGGAAGUAGAAGGUAUUAAAAUAUUCCACUACUCGGGAGGAAUCAAUUUUGCUACAAAAGCGAUGUUCAAAGCAGACUUAAUCCGCUUGGUAGGAAUUAAUCCCCAGAAGGAAGUCGUAUACAGAGCGAAACUCGCUAAGUACCUAGGAAAAGUGGAUGAUCUAUCGGAUAAAAAAACAGAUACUCUAUCAAACAAACUGGAAAAAGUCCAAAACAAAGUCAACACGCAAAUGAGAUGCUUAGUUUUGGAUUUUUCAUCGGUAAGCCAUAUAGAUCCUUCAGGAGUGAGCAUGUUAAAGUCUGUUGCUGAUAGUUUCACAAAACUGGAUAUUCCUGUGUAUAUUGCUAGCUGCAAAGAGCCGAUAUAUGAAAUGCUAACAAAAGUUUAUCCGGAACAUGUGGCUAAAACUGGAUUCAGAUCAUUUCCUACAGUCCAUGAUGCAGUACAUUAUUCCACUGAACUAUUUGCAUCUAGUAGUAACUCUACGAUAUCAACGAUAAGACUUUAAUAUGUGGAUAAUGUGGUAGUAUUAAGUAAUUUUAUUAAAUAAUAUGUGAUAUUUUGUAUUAUAUGUAUAUAUCGAAAAUAUUAUAAUUAAAAUUAAGUUAUUCAUAUUUUGUA